CAUUUUUCGCUCACUGGUGACUCUACUUUGCCAAACUAAGAUCUACCGAAGAUUGGAAUUUGCACAGCUUUUAAAUGCGACUCCCUUUGGAUUCAUAUGGAGUAGACUUGCAUGUUCAUCUGGAUGGUGCUAUUAGGCCAGAAACACUAUUUGAGCUAUCGAAUGAUCAAAAAUCCAAAGUCUUGUUUCAAAAUUUAGAAGAACUUAAGGGAAAGCUAAUGCCUAGAAAGCCUCACAGUCUGAAAGAUUUUCUGAAAGCAUUCGAGAUAAUUAUACCAUUAGUUGCCGGUAAAAAGGAGGUUUUGGCACGUAUUUGUGAAGAGUUUGUCGAAGAUUGUGUAAAACGCGGUGGUUUAUGUUAUGUGGAAACAAGAUAUUGUCCAUUUAUAUUAACUGAUUCUAAAUGCAGCGCAGAAGAGGUAUUAAAAACAAUUUUGGAUGCACUUAAUAGAGCCAGCAAAAAGCACAGGAUAGAAGUUCGUUCUAUUUUAUCAAUUAUGAGACAUAUGCCCGAGACAGCUAAAGAAACAUUAGACUUAGCUAAAAAUUAUCAACCACAUGGAGUUGUUGCAAUCGAUAUUGCAGGUGAUGAUUCAGUUUUGAAACUUCAACGUGUCCCUGAAGAAAUUGUUAAAACAUUUGAAAAUGCUAAAAAAGCUAAUAUUCAUCGUACUGUACAUGUUGGUGAAAACAGUCCAGCAAGUAGCGUCUAUGAGGCAGUGAAUAAUUUACAUGCUGAACGUAUUGGCCAUGGAUAUCACAUCUUGGAUGAUGAAAAUGCAUAUAAGUCUUUACUUGAAACCGGUGUACACUUUGAGGUGUGCCCAUCGUCAAGUUUCGUAACUGGUUCCGUUGACGGUCGAAAUCCAAACAAUCAUCCUGUACAUCGUUUCAUUGCCGAUAAACUUAACUUCUCCAUUAACACCGAUGAUCCAACAUUGACAGAAAGAUGGAAUUUACAAGAAGCGAAAUAUUGCAUUGAAGAAUUAGGCAUAGCACCUAGUCAAUUGAAUAUCGCCAAUUACAAUGCAGCAAUGGCAGCGUUUGUUACCAGUGCUGAACGGGAACUUUUAAUAUCACAUAUAAAAAUUCGAUCAAGAAAUAGAAUAAUCAAAGUUUAAUUCAAAACAAAAUCACUAUUUUGCUCAAACACACUAAUUGGAUCAUGUUUCAAUAUCAAAUAUCAUGUUUUAUAUGAUACUUUUUUCUCAAUAGAACAACGAUAUUACUCUACUGACUAGAAAAUAAUUUACGAAUAGAUCAUUGAAAGGAACAUACUUUCUUAUUAGCUUUUAUUCACAAAGUCUCUUUUCAUAUUCCAACUUGUGAUGAGAACUUUUGUUUACUAAGUUAAUUCUAAAACAUU